AUGAAGCGUGAUGCUUCAGGCGGAGGUUUCACCCACCUUGGCAAAGACGGUGUCUUACGUACCAUCUCAGGCAACUACGAAGUCCUUGAUGCCCGUGGCCUUAGUCCUGAACAGAUCAAUGGCUUUUUAGAUGUCAUGCCAGCUGAGCUAGCACGACGAGAAGAUUUUCGCGACGUUGAUGGCACGAAAGUGACCACUCAAGAAGGUCUAUUCAAUCCCGCACCUGGGAUUUUGCCGAGUAAACCAGGGGAUAAUGAGCAGGAGGACAGGGCAAGACGCGAGGCGGUUGAAGAUAAUCAAGCUGCCUACGAGCAGUCGAAAAGAAAUCAGUAG